AUGAUGACAAAAACUAAAGAAAAUAUUUAUUAUCCGAUGUCCUCUGUAAUGGAUGAGGGAUAUACUUGUCCUAUAAAUUGCACUUGCUUUUGGUAUCCGUUUAAUUUGACCUUUAUAGUGGACUGCUCAAAUAGAAAACUAAAGAAAAUUCCAAGAUUUUCGGCUCCAAAUUAUAUUCCUAAAAAACGUGAAAAAAUCGAAGUAAAAAAUGUAAAGGUCGACUUACAAAACAAUAACCUAGUUGAAGGCCCUUUUCAACAUGAUGGAUAUGAUAAUGUAACUGUUUUGAUAUUGUCUGGAAACAAAAUAGAAAAUGUAUCAUGGAUACCACCUAAAAUACAAUAUCUAUAUUUGGACCACAAUAAUAUUUCAUUUUUAAAUGAACAACUAAUUGAUUCAUUAUACGGAUCUUCCUUAAAGUCUCUUAAACUUGGGGAAAAUCCAUUUAUUUGUGAUUGUACAACUAUAAAACUAAAAGAAUAUUUAAGCGGUAAUAUUCAGGUGAUUGACAAACAAAAUGUUAAAUGUGAUGGUACCAAUUUACAAAUUAUUCAUGCUAAUAAUAUUUGUACAUUUCCUUGGGUUAUAUUAUUAGUAUUAGUAUUUUUAUUGUUUAUAAUAUCCCUAUUUUUGGCAUGUUACCACAAAUGGAAAAAAUACAUCAAAAUAUGGCUGUAUUACAAAGGAUGGUUGUUAUGGUUUGUCACGGAAGAAGAAUUGGACAAAGAUAAAGUUUAUGAUGUUUUCCUCAGUUUCUCUGAAAAAGACGAUGAUUUCGUUCUUAGAACCUUACUGCCCGAACUUGAAUCAGGACAAAAUCCUUACAAAGUUUGCGUGCACUACAGAGACUGGAUACCUGGAGUACUUAUAACCGAGCAAGUCAUCACUUCGGUGAGGGAUUCACGAAGAACUCUCGUGAUAGUUUCGAAAAAUUUCUUGGAGAGCUGCUGGACGAAAAUGGAAUUCCGAACCGCUUACACACAGGCCCUCACCGAAGGCAGAAACAGGGUCAUAGUUCUUGUGUAUGGGGAAGUGGACAUGACGCAGAUUGAUGGAGAUUUAAGCGCGUAUAUGAAAAUGACUACGUACAUUAAAUGGGGAGAUCCGUGGUUUUGGAAGAAGAUGUUGUACGCGUUGCCACAUAAAAAUGGAAAUAAUCAAAUUAGAACCACCACUGUAUAA